CCAGACUCGUCAGUGAGAGAAACGCUGUGCUGUGCAAGGGUGGCAGGCAGAAAGAAACACAGACAGAGGGGUGAUACAGCAAACACUGGAUACAAACAGAGGCAUGAAGGCUGCGAUUAAACUACUGUUUUGAAAAACGAAGAGUCACGGCUCAUUUGAUAUCAGUUCCACCGCAGCAACGGACUGUUUCAUUUAUUUUGAAAUAUAAUGCGCCGUAAGGUCUGGUUGUGAUGGAGGAGAUCAUCUGCUGCACUACUGGUAGAUGUAUAUUACUGACUCUGCGUUAUAUUACGGAUUUAAAUUAAAAUAAAAAGUAAGGGAUGUUGAACUGCGUUUAAAAAGAAUAACAACACACGCCCGGGGAAUACAAAAACAUUACGUGCGUACCACUUUGUUGAACAGACGCUCUGAGGGGAAUUAUUAAAAAAAUAAAAUAAAAAAGUUGAAUGGCGGCAGCUUGAAUUAUCAUUACAAACUGGAGGUACGUUCAUUUGUUUUUGUUUUAUUCUGUGGAAAACAGUCAGCUAGCUGUCAGUCCCGGCUUGGUAAACACUGCUGUGCGUGCUGUCUGAAUUUACAAAAAAAAAAGUACCCUGGGAUUUUACAAAAUGCAUCAUCCCGAGUCUGCAGGAGAUUCUACUAGUAGGAAGAUGGCGAACCCGGCAAUAUUUCAUAGAAGGGGUAGCAGUACUGGCAGCAACGCUUUGGCGACAGCAGCUGGUACCAGUAUUAACAGUAAUGUCAUUCCUACUGACGAUUACUCAUCUUCGAUAUUGAUACAGCCGCCACCACCACCGACCGGGUCUUCCUCCCCGGGGCCGCAGCACCCUCCCCAGAGCCUGAACCUCCACUCCUCUCAGUCGCAGCUGCAGCCUCAGCCUCUCCCACUGGCAGGGGCACAGGUGAAAAAAAAGAGUGGUUUUCAAAUCACCAGUGUCACCCCAGCCCAGAUCUCGGCGAGCACCAACAACAGCAUCACAGAAGACACUGAGAGCUAUGACGACCUGGAUGAGUCACACACAGAAGACCUGUCUUCAUCUGAGAUCCUGGACGUGUCAUUGUCCAGGGCCACGGACAUGGGGGGCCCAGAGAGGAGCUCCUCCGAGGAGACUUUAAACAACUUCCACGAGGUAGAGACUCCUGGUGCAGUGUCCCCCAACCAGCUUCUCCUCCCCCACUCGCAUCACCAGCCCCAGCCUGGUGUGCUGGCGAAUGGGAAUAUGCACCACUCCAAGCCCCAUGGGCUUCCCCACCGCCCACCUCAUGCUCACCCUGGAAUAAUGCCUUCGGUUGCAGUGCCAGGAGGAGGAGGUGUCACUGUUAUCCCUCCUGUCAACACUGUUACCACUGCUUCAAAAUUAUCAGCGCACGCUGACACAGUUCCUGAGAAUACCUCUGUUGUCGGCAAUGUGGUUGCCCAGCCUCAGUCAGCCGGCACCCCAGGAAUGCCAAGCGGCAUGAAUGCAGCAGCAGGUACCCCAGUUAAUGUUGUUAAUCCUGUGACAAGCAAUGUGAAUAAUGUGAGCGUGACUGGAGGGAGUACUGCCAGUGUGCCUGGUUUGGUGGGCACUAGUAGUAGUAAUGGCAGUAGUAGUGGCAUCCCAUCUGGCUUAAUGAACUUGAAUGCCAACAGUGGCUUAACGGGAGUCAGCAACCCAAAUGUUAUUGUGAUGCAACAACAACAAGGGACUGGGGGUGCUGUGACUAUGAAUAUUGUAAUGGGGGCUGGUAGCAUUGCAGGUGGUGCCCUCUCGAAUGUGAUCAGCGGUGCUACGGGUGACAUUGUAGUGGCAGCGCCAGUGGUUGUGACGACAACAGCACAAACUGCGCCAGUGGCCACCCCCCCAAGCCAGCAGCAUCAGGCUCCACCUCCUACUAGCUCCCGCUUCAGAGUGGUCAAGCUGGAUUCCAGCUCGGAGCCUUUCAAGAAAGGCAGAUGGACUUGCACUGAGUAUUAUGAUAAGGAGCCCCCAGUAUCAGUAGCUGUAGCAAGUGCCACAUCAGAAACUGUGCCCAGUCACAGGGCGGUGGAGAGCAUCAGGCAGACCCAGCCCGACACUACUGUGGGUUCAGAGCGGGAGAGCACCAGUGGGAGCUCAGUCAGUAGCACCCUGAGCCACUACACAGAGAGUGUUGGAAGUGGAGAGAUGGGAGCCCCCUCCAUUUUACAAGGCUUCCAGCAGCCACAACAAGUGGACUAUGGCAGCUCCCAGAGCUUGCAAGCUUCACUCCCUGGCCUGCCUCAGAGUGUGUCGCAGCCUCAGCUUGCUCAAGCCCAGAUGCAUUCGCAGGAGGUGGCUCACUCCCUUAUGAAAACAAGCGGGACCCCUUCUGUGCCCUCAAGCAUUGGCAAUGUUCAGCAACAGCAGACUCCAAUGAAUUUAGGAAGCAUACAGACCACCAUAGGGCUCCCCACUGCUACCAUUCCUCAGCAGCAGCAACUGCCCUACACUCAACAGCUUCAGAAACCUGCCACAGCACAAAUGUUCCACCCACCACCGCAGCAGCAGCAUGCGGCACCCACUCAGAUAGCAUCGGAGCAUGUUAUGCCUGUGAGUCAAGGUGGUGGCGUGGUGGGCAGCCUGCCACCAGAGUUUGUACACCAACAGAUCAUUCAGCCUCCAAUGCAGCCUGGGCCCCCUGGAAUGGGAGCAGGUGGGCAGUCACUACAGCAUGUGCCCCACAUUCCUGGCACCGUUCAACCUCCUCCGGUGUCUGGGAAUGGCCAAGUGAUGGGCAUGGGCCAGCAUGGGGGCAACAUACCUCCUGGGAAUUACCAGACACCCCCCCAGGCAAUUUUGCAACAGCAGCAGACCACUUCACCUCCACAGGGUGGGAUCCUGCCUCAGAUCUUGCCUGGAACUGUCUCAGGGCUGGCACAGCAGCAUCAUCAGAGUUUGGCACAGCUCCCAACACACCUGCCAGUAGAGCAGCAGCAGCAGCAGUCAGUGGCUCAAGGACUAGCCGGGCAGCAGCCUGGUGCUGUUUCCUUGGGUCAAGUUACAUCAAAUGUGCCUCUUCCAGCUGCAGCCCAGUCUGGCAUGCCCCCGAGUGCCGCCCAGCCUUUGCAGAACGGCAGCAUGAUUACCGGCGGUGGUCAGCCUACUAUGAUGCCAGCCAGCUCGGCAGCCAGCACUGGCCAUUACCUGGCCCUGCGGCCUUUUUCUGCCGCGCAGCUGGAAGAUGCCCGCCGCCUGCUUCUUCAGGACCAGACCCUGCUCUCUUUGCCCAAGCUGGCUGUUGGAGAUGGAGCUGCCAACAGCAUGAGUGCCUUCGCAGCCUCGGCAAGCCUCUUUCCACUGAAGACCCUGCCGCUGGCAGGACAGGUGGUGGACGGUGAAGAGGACAGUUCUUCGGGUGCCAGUGUGGUGGCCAUAGACAACAAAAUUGAACAGGCAAUGGAUCUAGUGAAGAGUCACUUGAUGUAUGCCGUGAGGGAAGAAGUGGAAGUUUUAAAGGAACAAAUAAAGGAGUUGAUCGACAGGAACUCGCAGUUGGAGCAGGAAAACAAUCUCCUGAAGAAUCUGGCCAGCCCGGAGCAGCUAGCACAGUUUCAGGCGCAGCUCCAGAGCGGCUCCCCGCCGGCCUCUUCACAGCAGCCUGGGACCGCGACACAGCCUGCCCAGCCAUCAUCACAGAGCACCGGGCCCUCAGCGUAACAUCCCCCGCCGCUUCCACAAUGGACUGGACACAAUGGGGGUCGAGUAAAACAAAUAAAAUAAACGCAACGAGGACAAUUGCGCUCCAGUUACAGGCAUAUUACAUUUGCGUUUGCACAUCCUGAUUUGAAGGAAAAAAUGAAAAAAUAAAUACAAUUAAUUUUACUUUAGACAAUCGCUUGUGAAAUGGAAGUACUCCCAGAGAGGGACAGUGAAUACUAUGAAACGAAUUCAUUGGAAUGAACAGCACGCGUCAUUACAGCGCUUUGUGUAAUACGCAGGGAUUCCCAGUGCAGCGUCAGACCGAUCUUCAGUGAUCUACAUGCGUUUGUUUGUUUUUAUUUUUUACCGUGACUUGGAGAGAUGCACACAGUUGCUUCCCUGUCACACACAUAUAUAUAUAUAUAUAUAUAUAUAUAUAUAUAUAUAUAUAUAUAUAUAUAUAUAUAUAUACACGCUGUGCUGUCCAUGGCUGCGGCUGACAGGUGCAAGCACUUUCUUGAUGGCAAAUGUGAAGAACCUUAGAAGGACCAGAGGCAACUGGGGAGCCCCCAUCUGGAAUGGGGGAAGGCGUUACAAAAAGGACACCUUUCUUUUACAUCACCGUUUGCGUUUGGAUGAAUGGAGAAAUCUCAAAGAACAAGGUGGUGUAACGAAUCUUUCAGUAUUUAACUUGAAAACUGUUCUCAUACUAGCCGUUUAAAAGUUUCAGUGUUUUGUAUGUUGCACCGCUUCUUUUCAAGCAGUUAUUAUGAGGCUGGAGUUCAAUGAGGGUUGUUAACCUAAUGUAUAUUUGUGUAUGUAGUGUAAGUACCCUGUAUUAUAGUAAACUGUAACUAUUUAGGUUGUACAGAUUGAAUCUAGCUGUUUCAUUGGCUGAUCUGAACAAGUUUAGACGGUCUUUUUUAUGCUGUAAAAGAGGAAUGCAGCUUUACACCUGCUUAGUGAAUUAAAACUACGACAGCGACUUGUGAGUUUUUUCUGUUUUCUUGGCUGCAUUCUGUUCUAAAGUAAAACCGUUGUUCACUUAAAAUUAUUUGAAGAAAUGAAAUGCACCGUUGUGAACUAUUGCCAGUGAAGCACUCCACUUGUUGAUCAAUACUAUUGCCGACAUUAAAACCACAUUCUGUUUUGGGUUUUGCAUAUACGUAUAGUUAUAGGCUUAUGUUUUGUGCAUGUUCCUGAAACAAAAACAAACAACAACAAAAUGAAAGUUGUAACAUUUAAUUCAAUUGCACUUCUCAGCCUUCAAUAAAAACCUUCCAUGUUGUUCAAUAA